CCAGAAUCGUUUCAAUUAUUAUGAGGGGAAUUCUGAAGUUCUCAUUAAACACACGAAUGACUCAAGCUUUGAAAAGAGCCAGAUGCCAAAGGCAAGAAUCCCAGGGCAUUGCCCACCUGGGUGUGAUCCCCUGAUAACUGUCUAACGAAUUCAGCAUGUGUCCCCCGGGCAUGACCAUCUGCUGGGCAAAGCUCCAGGACACUGAGACAUGCUGGAAUUCCUGUGGUUUAGGAAACACCUUUAACUACCAGUGGUAGUUGUCUCAUCGUUCUUCAAAUAAUCUGGUCUUGUUUAUUAUUAUCAUUAUUAUUUAAUUUUAUUUUAUUACAGCUGUACUUGGAGAAUAGUCCAGUCUUGAGGCCUUUUCACUGUGGUCUGUUCUAGUGUACGGCUCCCACCAGUGCGAGGCAGAAGGAUGACUUUGCUCUGUUGUCAGGACAGCCUUGAAGGAAGGAGCCAAAUGUGUGGAGGUCUGUGGGAAGAGAGAGCCACCUAGCAUGUCCCCACUGAACCAGUCAACAGAAGGCCUUCCCCAGGAGGCCUCCAACAGAUCCCUGAAUGCCACAGAAACCCCAGAGGCUUGGGAUCCCAGGACCCUCCAGGCACUCAAGAUCUCCCUUGCCGUGGUCCUUUCCAUCAUCACACUGGCCACAGUCCUCUCCAACGCCUUUGUACUCACCACCAUCUUACUCACCAAGAAGCUCCACACCCCUGCCAACUACCUGAUUGGCUCCCUGGCCACCACCGACCUCUUGGUUUCCAUCUUGGUCAUGCCCAUCAGCAUUGCCUAUACCAUCACCCACACCUGGAACUUUGGCCAAAUCUUGUGUGACAUCUGGCUGUCUUCUGACAUCACGUGCUGCACGGCCUCCAUCCUGCAUCUCUGUGUCAUUGCUCUGGACAGGUACUGGGCGAUCACGGAUGCCCUGGAGUACAGUAAACGCAGGACGGCUGGCCACGCGGCCACCAUGAUUGCCAUUGUCUGGGCCAUCUCCAUCUGCAUCUCCAUUCCCCCUCUCUUCUGGCGACAGGCCAAGGCCCAGGAGGAGAUGUCGGACUGCCUGGUGAACACCUCUCAGAUCUCCUACACCAUCUACUCCACGUGUGGGGCCUUCUACAUUCCCUCGGUGUUGCUCAUCAUCCUAUAUGGCCGGAUCUACCGGGCGGCCCGGAAUCGCAUCCUGAAUCCACCCUCUCUCUAUGGGAAGCGCUUCACCACAGCCCACCUCAUCACAGGCUCUGCAGGGUCCUCGCUCUGUUCGCUCAACCCCAGCCUCCAUGAGGGGCACCCGCACUCGGCUGGCUCCCCUCUCUUUUUCAGCCACGUGAAAAUCAAGCUUGCUGACAGUGCCCUGGAACGCAAGAGGAUUUCUGCUGCUCGGGAAAGGAAAGCCACUAAAACUCUGGGCAUCAUUCUGGGGGCUUUUAUCAUCUGCUGGUUGCCCUUCUUCGUGGUGUCUCUGGUCCUCCCCAUCUGCCGGGACUCCUGCUGGAUCCACCCGGCCCUCUUUGACUUCUUCACCUGGCUAGGCUAUUUAAACUCCCUCAUCAAUCCAAUAAUCUACACUGUGUUUAAUGAAGAGUUUCGGCAAGCCUUUCGGAAAAUUGUCCCUUUCCGGAAGUCCUCUUAGUCUUAUUCGGUGAUGACUCUUGUUAUCUUUUGUGUCCUGUAACCUAAUCAGGAUUUUUUAAUUAUUAUUAUUUUCUGAGACC